ACCAUUCGAAUUGGUCUAGACGUGAAUCACGACAACCCCCUGGAACCGAGUGGGAGAUCAUUAACGAUUUGAGGAUUGACAUGGCUAGGCUGCAGCAAAGACUAAAUAACAUGCAGAGAAUGUUGGAGGCCUGCAUGGAUAUGCAACUUGAACUGCAACGAUGUGUGAGACAGGAGGUCUCCGCAGCUCUGAACCGAUCAGCCAGUUCAUCAGGCAAGCUAUUAGAUUGCAGGUUUCCGGGGGGGGGGGUAGGGAAGUUUCUUGCUGAGAUCUUCGUCAAAACCUUAACUGGCAAGACCAUCACUCUUGAGGUCGAAAGCAGUAACACCAUUAACAAUGUCAAGGCUAAGAUUCAAGACAAAGAAGGAAUUCCUCCAGACCAGCGGCGUUUGAUCUUCGCUGGUAAGCAGCUUGAAGAUGGUCGUACUCUUGCUCAUUGCAACUUCCAGAAAGGUCAUUUUCUCUCUCCUUGUUUCAUUUUUUUAGUUCUUCUUUUGUUAUCUUUGAAUUAUUUGUAUUGGUUUUGACAUAUGCACGAUGCAUUCCUAACUCCUAAGAGCUUAAGAUUAUCACUAAAUAAGUUUUUGAAAUUGGUAGGAGUUUAGGAAUGUAUGACAAAAUCACGCUUAUUAGUUAUUGCUUUAUAUUUUCAUUUUUAGUUUUUAAAUUAUUUGUAUUGCUUUUGAUAUAUGCAGUUGUAAGAGCUAAAGGUUACUUUCCUAGAAUUUGUUUAUUUGCUUAAUUUUGGCUACUUUUGGGUUGUCUAAGCUAUCCAAUCUUAUUCCUUCUAUGAAUUUUUUUCAUUACUUGAGCUAUCGUCUUGCGACUUGGAUUGGAUUUAAGGAGACGAUGGUCGGUGAGUGAGACUUGGAGAUUGCAUCUUCUAUUUAGAGUAUCACAAGGUAACUAGCUUUAUAUUAUGAGUUUUAGAGAAGGGUUAUAUAUUCAUGUUAGGUUGAGUAGGAUAGUGAUUUUAUGUUUUACUAUGUAUAUAUAUCUUAUGUUCGACUAUGUUAUGUAUUGGUGUGGGUGGCAUUGGUUACACAAUUGUAGUUUUCCUAUGCUUAUUGGUACUAGUUACACAAUUAUAGCCAGUUGAAUACAUGUAUAAUUUGCAAUUUUACACUUGACAGGUUAAAACAUCUCUGUUUAGAUACCUAUUUGUGCUUUAGUUCUUCCCUGGGUCCUAGUUGUUGUUGUUGCACACUCAGUUUUCUGUUGUCACACUCUGGUUAGUGCCUUAUUUUACCCUCUUAAUCUGCUAUGUUAUCUCUCAUUAAUGGUAAUAAGUUCGGGUUACUUGUAGAAAUUAACAUUGAACUCAUGAUGUGGUUUAUUAUUUUGUAUUACAUAUCUUUUUCCAGAAAGUUAUGAGUAGUUUCCCCUGAAUUUAGAAGUACGAAUCCACAAAUGCAACCUUAGCACAGUUUCACCUCCCCAACCAAACAACCAGAAGUGCUUGAGAUUAUUACCAUUGAUAGAUUGAUUAACUACAAAUUUUACCCGGAAUUGAAGAACACAAGAAAUUUUGACAUGUUAGUUGUGUACUUGUGUUAAAUGUUCUACUGAACAAAGUGAAGAUUUUCUCAGUUUCUGCAACAUUGAAACAGUAGAUACUACAUAAUAUGAGAAUAAGUUCCUAAUACAUCUGACCCCUGACACAUUCUUCGUGUGAUCGCUGCAAGAUUAACUGUAACUAUUUUGAAUGCCGGUAUCAGUUUCAUUCACUUAAAAUUUAACUUAAACAGAGUUGCAACCAUUAAACAUCAACUAAAAAUCAAGCCAGCAAUUCUCUCAUUCCAAAAAAUGCAUAGUUGAGAUUAUUGGCGUGAAUUUUUCCUAUCGUUUUUUAGGAAAAAGAAAAUCAGAAACAAAUCUAUUUUUUCUUUUUCUAGAAAUAGAUCUAAGUAAAGAUAAGUAUUUGCUGAAUGUUGUUUCGAAACAAAUCAACUAUUUCCAAAAUCAAUCUACUCCUUAUUACUUAAUGAUCUAUUUCGGGAAAAAAGAAAAUGUCUAAAAAAAUGGACACAACAUAUAGAGUUGUACUUGAAAGUUGAAAUAGAAUGAUGAGUCAAAGUGUGAGAAAACAUUAAUUCUUAU